UGAGACUAAAAAACACAAAGCACAAAAAUUCUGGUCACUGUCAUUACCGAUCAGGUCCUAAUCUCAUCCCAUACCAUUUUUAAUUUUUUAUCCCGAUAUCAACUGAUUCGGGUCUGAUUCUGUCAAAAUUUUAUCCCUUUACACCUUGAUUUUCGGGUCUUUAUAUCAACCCAUUAUAUCCAUACAUCAUCCAUUUCAUUUCAUUAUUCUUCAUUCAUUCACUCUCACAACAACAACACAAAGCAUCAAUUAUUCAAAUCCACUCGUAUUCUCUUCUAUUCAGGUGAUUGAUUGUGAGAAUAUAGAUAAAAUGGAAUAUAUAGGCGGUUAAGCCAAUUUCUAUGGCCUUGGCUGAUUACUCACUAUCUGUCGUUAGAAGCAAGUCUCGAAUUUUAGGAUUUCGGUUUAUUCAAGGUGAAAGAAAGACCGAAAAUUACUCUAUGGAAUUUGAACCGGAUUGGACAAGUCACAAAAAAUCGUCUGCUUUUAAAACUCAAGUGAUUAGUACCGCAACUUCGUGGGCCCGUAAGAUACCUAUAAGCGAAGGGUAUCAUGAGUUUCUGUGAUCAAGAUCUCACGAUUUCGAUUUCUUUCGUGUUCUUUUCUUCUAAUCAAGAAGAAUAAAUUCAUCAAAUUCGAAAACUUUAGCCUUUUGCACUUCAAUAUGCCUGAAUCUGUUUGUGGAGAUAUUUGCGACGUGAAUCCGAGUAUGAGCAUCUCCAAAUCGGUCCGGAAGACCAACUCAUGUAACUCGUGUUUACAUUCUGAGGUCAACGAGGACCUUGACUGCUGCCCGGUCUUGCCCGGGCUGCCCGACGAUAUAGCAAAGUACUGUCUUGCCCUUGUCCCGAGAUCAUAUUUCCCGAAAAUGGGAGGUGUGUCGAGGAGAUGGAGGUCGUUUAUUAAGAGUAAGGAGUUUAUUGUUGUUAGAAAGCUUGCUGGUUUAGUUGAAGAAUGGCUUUAUGUUUUGACUACGGAUGCUGAAGGAGAUGGGACCCACUGGGAGGUCUUGGAUUGCCUUGGGAAUAAACUGUCGGUUUUACCUCAGAUGCCGGGACCCAUGAAAGCGGGGUUCGGGGUUGUGGUUCUUAAUGGGAAGCUUAUUGUUAUGGCGGGGUAUUCGAUGAGUGAUGGCGUCGGAUCGGUUUCUUCUGAUGUGUAUCAAUAUGAUUCUUGCCUUAACAGUUGGAGCAAGAUUGCAAACAUGAACGUGCCGAGGUAUGAUUUUGCAUGCGCGGAAGUAAACGGUGUUAUUUACGCAGUUGGAGGUUAUGGGGCGGAUGGGGAUUCUCUCUCAUGUGCCGAGAUGUAUAACCCGGAAACCGAAAAGUGGACACUUAUCGAGUCCCUUCGCCGCCCACGGUGGGGUUGUUUCGCCUGCGGGUUUGAGGGUAAACUCUAUGUUAUGGGCGGACGGUCAAGCUUCACUAUUGGAAACUCAAGGUUUGUUGACGUGUACAACCCCGAAGAGCACUCAUGGUGCGAGAUGAAAAACGGAUGCGUGAUGGUGACUGCUCACGCCGUAGUGGGAAAAAAGCUAUUUUGUAUGGAAUGGAAAAACCAACGAAAGCUCGCCAUUUUCAACCCGGAAGAUAACUCAUGGAAGAUGGUUGGGGUCCCGGUUAUUGGAAGCUCGAGUGUCGGGUUUCGGUUUGGUAUAAUUGAAGAUAAACUAUUGCUGUUUUCACUUGAAGAAGAACAAGGAGGAUUCAACACACUUUUGUAUGACCCAACUGCGACUCCUGGAUCCGAAUGGCAAGUUUCGAAGAUUAAACCGUCUGGUUUAUGCUUGUGUUGUGUCACAAUUAAGGCGUAAUGAUUGAUUGACCAUUAGGGUUUAUAAAAUUAUUGAUUUGAAUGUGUUGUUUUGUUUUGUAAGAAUAAGGGAUUUUGGUUAUGUUUUAGAACUUGAAAGGAAGUUGUUAAUGUGGUUAUUCUUAGAUUUUUUUUGAAUGGAAGUUGGUGUUAAUGUGGUGAUCAA